GGAGGGGACCCACAAUGCAAUACGCGGGCAGACGUGGAGGCAGCUCCCACGGCCGCUGGCAUCGCUGCUGCAGGCAGAGACCCUCCAUUGUCAGCCCUCGGGGGGCCAGGCCCUGCGUGGGAGUGCGGGGAGAGGCCCAGCAGCGGCAGGGUUGGGUUUAGGGGCUGUCUCCUGGGCUGGCUGGAAGGGGGCACAGUGGGACUGUCACCUGGGGGGGGGCAUCCUGCGCUGCUGGGGCUCAGGCGGGGAGUGGGGUGCUGGCCCCUGACCCCCCGGGAGCAGGGGUGCGAUGAGCUCUCAGGAUGAGCAGUUCCAAGCAGCAGCCCCUGACCCAGUGGCUUCCUCCACCGAUGAUGGCAUGACCUGGUGGUACAGGUGGCUCUGCAGGAUUGCCGGGGUCAUCGGGGGCAUGUCCUGUGCCUUCGCUGGUCUCUGGAACUGUGUCACCAUCAACCCCCUGAACAUCGCGGCCGGCGUGUGGAUGAUGCUCAACGCCUUCGUCCUGUUCCUGUGUGAAGCCCCCUUCUGCUGCCAGUUUAUCGAGUUUGCGAAUGCUGUCUCUGCGAGGGCGGACAAGCUGCGGCCCUGGCAAAAAGCUGCUUUCUACUGCGGGAUGGCUGUGAUCCCUGUCAUGCUCAGCCUGACGCUGACCACGCUCUUUGGAAAUGCCAUUGCGUUUGCCACCGGCGUGCUUUAUGGCCUGUCGGCGCUCGGCAAAAAGGGAGAUGCCAUUUCAUAUGCUCGGAUCCACCAGCAGCAGAAGCAAAUGGAUGAAGAGAAGCUCACGGGGGCCCUAGAGGGACAGGCUCUUUGAAGCACACGAGCUCAGGGUAACCUCUCCUGGACACUGAGGUGGUGAAGAUACAGAAAUCCACUCUGCCCUUCCCUCUGCCUGCUCCCUUUUCUGUUACGCCACGAUUUCCCUGGACACUGCAGCAACUGGAAAUCUCAGGGGCUGGGGCAGGCUGUGCCCUCUUCUCACACCAGCAGCCAGACCUCAGCGUGUUGGCCCCUCUCUCCUCCUGAACCCUCAACCAAAUAUCUCACAGCUCCCCGUAUUUUUUUUUAUAUAUAUAUUUUUUUUUUUUUUUUUUUUUUUGCUGCAGAGGUGCUGGCUCUUUGAGUGCUGCUUUACAAGCCUGAAUAGGUAGCCUUUCUUUGGAGUGACGCCCGAUGACAAGCCGAGGAUGCAGUGCUCAUUUGGGAACUGCUCUCCGGAUGGGGUGAGGGGGACAGCGCUGACAUACCAGCUCCUUGCCUGCGCUGGUCUCAUGGCAGUCAUGGAGCUGUUGGCCUCAUGCCUGAGGGUAACCUGCCAUUGCAUGUUACACGUUUUUAGUAACACACUCUGGUGUGGUGGCCCUUCCCAGGUAUAAUACACUAAUCCAGGGUAUAGCAAUACAUGGUGAUGCUUAAGCUUGGUCUUUUUCUGUUGAGUGUAUAUUAACAUGGGUCCGGUUAGGCCAGGCAUUGGAGGCAUCACUGCGGGGGAAAGGACUUCAAGGAAAAAACCCAUAUACAGACGAUAACCACCUCUGCAGAGGACCUGCCAGAGGUGCUGGGGCAGAUCCUGCUACCUACAAAGCACAGUCCCCCCUUCCUCUGGACACAGCUGCAGGUGGUUACUGCAGUUUACUUGAAUUACAAGAAUUAAUUACUUUGUCUUAAUAAGGGUACUUUUCUUAAGCUUCACUCUUUUACUGGGGAAGAAGGGAAGUAAGGUUUGCUUUACCUCAGCUGAAAAAGGGUACUAUUGCUUGAGCCAACUGGAAUUUUUUGCUGGUGUAAGGGUUACUGAUGGGCAAGAGCAUCCUUCUCUCGUGAGCCCAGGACUGUUAUCUCUCACUCCCUGCAUCCACUCCUGCUCCCAUGACCCAUCCCUCCGCACAAGGGACCUGCUCUUUGCUCCUGUCUGGUACAGCCUUUCUCUUCCGGCUCAUGUUCUUAUUGCAUCAGUCCUGGGCCGGUUUUGUAUGGGAAGGUGGCAUAUCCUUCCUUUGCAAACAUAGAGGGGUCUGCACCAUUUCAGUGUGGAUAGCUGGGAUGUCUUGCUUCUUUAUUCCGGGCUCCAUCAGUGGUUCUUGCAUUGUAUUUUCUGUUUGCUUUGUAUCAUUCAGAACAAAACUGCUCACUAAGUCCAGAUCCCCCUCUUCUUAUCAUGGUUACUUCUGGGGUGUUUAAUUUAUUUGAUUUUACAUGAUUGCUUUUUAUUUUGUUUAGGAAAACAGGGAAUAAUUUAUUUCUAGUUAUUUAACUAUUUUAAUGGGACUAAUUUUCUAUGGUUGUAGGAGAAAGGAGUGCUCUGUUUCAUGUCUGUCAAAAGACUGCCUCAUUUCAUUGGGGGGGAAUCUCUGAAGCCAGGCAGAGCCCUGGCUGCUCUAACUAGGAUGCUGAAAAUCCUAUCUCAGCCUUCAGAGGAUUUCUCAGAUUUUGGAAAUUGUGUUGUCCUUUGACCCCUUUGUCUUCUUCUGGGCCACUAGCUUGACGAAGCUGGUUUUCCCUCUCUUCUGGGAGAGGGAAGGGAGGAAAACUGGCCUGUAACUGCUGGAUUGGAGGUUCGUGCUCACUCAGCAGCCAAGGCAGGCAGCAGCUGUGGUGAGCAGUGACAGCAGGGACUGCAGCCUGUUCUUACUGCCCUGCCCUGGGAGCUGAGCUCCUGCUGCCACCAACACUUCGUGGUCCCGGUUGAAUCACUGGGGUGCCAGAGGGGUCUGUGCUGUGGUCUGAGAAAUGCUGUUGGAGGCUGACCGAUGUCUGUCAGAGGAAGGGUCUGUCAAGCCAGCUGCUCUGUGGCUUCUGAGCACUGUCAUGUGGGAAAAUAUCUGUAUAACAUGUCCUUCUUCUAGGUACGGUGUGUAUUCACGUUCGCUGAACGACACCAGAACACCCUUGGCAGAGCCUGGGAUGGAGCGGUUGCUGGAGGGGGUGGCUGGGCAUUGCAGCGGGAGCAGAGCAGCCCCUGGAGAUCCAGGGGCUAAGCUGCCAGCUAACGUUAGCUGUUGUUUCUUCCUUGGAGUUCAGGGAGGUGUGAGGAUUUACACCAGUCAGGAACGUGGCUUGGGUUUAUUUACACACACAGGCCUGUGCAGCUGGAGGCUGGGUAGCCACUCUGUGCUAAGCCCCUGUCCCCCAGGCCUCUGAACCGUGAUUGCUCUGAACCCAGCUUGUCUGGGAUGCAGAAUAGGCACCGCCAGCCCAGAUGCAGCUUGUUUCAAUAAAGGCUGUGCUGUUUUGGAGCCCCGAGCUCUAGGCUGAUCCCUGUUGCUGCGUGCAAUACGUGGGCCACUGGCCUUUCCCGUGCGUGUGUGCAGGGACCACAGCCUCCUGUGUGGGUCACGCUGCCUGCGAUAAUGGGGUGCUGCAGGAGGAAUACACUGCGGCCCAUGGGACACUUCAGGGGUAAUAGCCUCUCUGCUCUUCGAGCCAGUGGUGUCCCUGUGCGGUACCUUUACUGGCUGGGUCAAGUGCAGAAUCCUACCUAGCAAACACGACAUCUGCUUUGAUUUCAGGGGGGUUUGGGGAGUUAAGUAGUGUUUAGUAGAGAAUGUUGCAGACUGAUGCACGUAGGUACGAGCAUGUCUUUGGUAGUGACUGCUUUGCUCUGUGAGUAGUUCCACAGUAGCUUUAGUGACAGGAGGCAAAAGGCAAAGCAGAGGCGACAGAGUAGUGCUGGCAGGCUGAUCUACGCCCUCGGUGAUGAACCACAGAACUGGUAGGGCCCUCUCUGGCUUCAUCUGACUGUCCUAAUGCCAUAGACCAGCAGCAGUCCCUGGGGCUGUUGCAGGCAUGUGCUGCUCCAGGUCACCUUGGAGGGCUCAUUGACAUGGACGAGUCUGCUCUGCUCCCUUGGCACCACCGGCAGAAGUCCCUUGGACGCCAGCAGUACUGUCAUGCUGUGUUUUGUGGCAGCUGGGUCUGACACUGGGGCCAAGGCAAGGGAAUGAUCUGCGUCAGCUCUGCCACCAUUAGCAGGGUGCAAAUCUCAGCUCUGAGCUCAACGCUUUUGUUGGAAAUGGGCCUUAGGGACUCUUCUGUAAGAGCUGAGCUGGAGCCUUUGGCCACAACGCUUAAAGACACCAGGUCUGUUCAGUUUGUGCCUGCCGCAACAGGAGGUGUCUCAGAUCCACACUCCAAGAGCGCUGACUCCUACAGAUGCUGUUCUGGAGUGGGAGCUCUGGGGAAUUUCUGCUGCCUGUGGUGCAGCUGAAACCAAGCGAGAUGCUGCCAUCAUUGCAGGCAUGGCUUGGUGACAGUACCCAUGGAUUUUAAGAGUUGUAGUGACAGUUAGUGGAUGGUCUCACCUCCAUGUGGGCAAGAGACUGUUUUUGUGGAGAUAGAAAGGACCUUUAGAGUAGUAGCAUCACAGUAGUUAGUAUGCCCAUUCACAGUGCAUGGUGGUUAUUACUUGUGUUUAGAGGCACCAUCAGGGUGCUCAGAGCUGUGUAAGGAUAAAUGAAGUUGAAAGCCCUGCUCUAGAAAUUUUAUAGGCUCAACCCAAUCCCCACUGAUGGCAUCCAGGCUGGAUGGCUAAUCCACAGGGUCACUAUGGAAGAUGUUCUGUUCACCAGGUCUUGGAAAGGCCUCUUGGGAGACGAUGGGACAGAAUUUUUGUUACACAAGAACUCAAGAGCGGGUGACGCUAUGACCACAGUGAGUUGUUGAUGAAUGUGGAAAGACACCUGGGUACCGGCAGCAUAUGUGCACUUAGCAACGGACUGUUCACCACGUGAGCUGUGCGCUUCUUACCCACCUGCAUUUAUGCAAUGUGCAACUCUUCCAUGUCCCAUUCAGUCAUGAAGCUGACAGCACUUGUGCAUAUUAGCUCCACUGUCCCCUGGGGCUGUCCACUGGGCGUGAAGAGAAGAGCAGAAGCUUGCCUCCUGCUGUGUACCCAGACCUCACUGCUCUGGACAGGAGCUGCUUUUGUAACAUCAAUUGAUUUUCUGUGUGUGCAGUGAAUAAAAAGACCAUUCUACCUCUGGAAAGAGCCA